UAAAGUACUCACCCUACUGGCCGCACAUCCUGAAGUUCUGGAAGAUGAGACAUGAAGAUCACAUCCUCUUCCUUCAGUAUGAAGACAUGAAGAAGGACCUGGCGGCAGUAGUGAGGCAAGUGGCAGCUUUUCUGGGAAAGGAUGUGAAUGAAGAGCAGGUGUCAUGGCUGACUCGUCACUGCUCCUUCGAGGAAAUGAGUAACAAUCCAGCAGUAAAUAACGAGACCUUUCUGAUAGUAUCCACUCAAGAGGCAAAAGAAAUCAAGUUCAUGAGAAAAGGCAAGGUAACUCGUACGGAAAAGUACCUUGUAUUAGUCUUGGUGUUCAUCUUAAUAAUAGUAGAUUAAUGAGUCACCAGAGUCGGGCGCUAACCCUCUGUCAAGUGUGAGAAGAAAUAAGAACAUA